AUGCCAGUCACCAACAGCAAUGGAUCCGAAAACUUGGACGAAUCCAACAAGAGCAGUACCAGCACUAAAGAUGAGAAUGGAUACAGCAAAGAUGCGGCUCCCUCUAUUGACUUUCUAAAGGACGAAAGAUCCUCCAUGACCUAUGGGCGUCGAAUAGCGCUCAGUUUAAUGAACCAGAAAUGGUACAAUCCUCAAGUCGAGGUCAAAGAUGGAGUGGAAAUUGAUGGAAGUGCCAGAACGGGACAAUCCGGUAACCCGAAUACAGUCGUGGCCAAACCAUCUUUGGAAAAAGCCUGGGCCUACUUUGAACACUUUGCAUUGAGUCGGUAUCUUAUUGAUGAGACUGCGGAUUCUUCGGAUCGCAAACGAGCCGAACCAGGAGAAAACGAUGUACCCACUCGCCUGUAUAGUCCCAUUCGGCUACCUCACGCUCAACUGGGAGAUUUUGGAAUUGGAAUUGGACUCUACUUUUCCACGCUGAGGCUCAUUUUGUUCUUGGCCGUUUUAUGCGGUCUCAUUAGCAUUGCCAAUAUUCACUUCUUUGCCAGUUCCAGCUACCAAUCUCCCAGCAAUAGGGACUCCAUCUUUCCCUCAUUAGUGCAGGGAUCUGCUAUUUGUACCGAGACUAACUGGGUAGCCUGUCCAAGCUGCGAAUGCGCCAGUGAUGACCGAGUGACGGCGCACACUUUGAGACGGCAAGAUAUUUUGCCAACGUCUCGGUGUCAGGUUCGGGAAGUAGAUGGAAAUCUCCUCACCUAUGUCCUCAAGAAUGAAUGCGGGGACAUUCCAAUCUAUGUGGGCAUGAUCAAUUAUGCCACCAUCAUUUUGUUUUUCCUCGUCACUUAUGUUUACUUGGGAAUAUUUUUGAAACAACAAGAAACCCAGUUUGACGAGGACGAACAAACGGCACAAGAUUAUUCGAUUCAAGUAGAGAAUCCACCCGAUUCUGCCACAGACCCCGAAGAAUGGCACCGAUUCUUCAAGGACAAUUUUGGUGCCCAUGCAACGGUUGUUACAUGUGCGGUGGAGAACGAUCUCUUGCUUCAUACAUUGGUGGAGCGGCGGGAAUGUUUGCGAAAUAUCGAAUUGAUGUUGGAACCUGGGGAAUCGAACGACGAGCUCAAUAUUGCUCGCAAGGCAGCUUUGAUUGAACGGGAUCGGUCUUUCUUUGCUACAAUGUUGGCCUUGGUGUCCAAAGGAAUUCCCGAAUACUAUUCACGCAUGGUAUCUCUGAGCGCCAAGGUGAAGGGGUUGGCACAGCUUUCGUAUCCCUGUACCAACGUGUUUGUGACCUUUGAGACCGAAACCGCCCAACGAGAUGUCCUCGAAAAAAUGUCCGUGGGAAUCGUACAGGCGGAAAAGAACAUCAAGACGGCCGUGGCUGACCCAAAAUACCUAUUUCGAGGAGAACACGUCUUGUACGUCUCGGAACCGGAAGAACCCAGUACGAUUCGAUGGCAAGAUCUAAAUGUGACCCAACUUCAACGAAUCAAGAGUAUCACCGCCACCGGAGCUGUGACCUUUGUUGGAAUUGUUGUGGUCUUUAUUGCUGUCAGUGCAGCCGAUAAUGUAUCUUUGGUUGCCGGUGCCUACACGAUUACAGCUUUCAAUGUUGCAUUUCCGAUCCUCGCAAAGGCCUUGACCAAUUCGGAACCACAUCCUUCCGAAUCCGAUUUUCAGACAUCGCUUUACUUUAAGAUUUCCUUUUUUCGAUGGGUCAAUACAGCGAUUGUGAUUACUAUCGUUACGCCAUUCACUAAUACGCUUUUGGGAGAAGGAGGUCUGAUUACCAAAGUGUAUCAACAAUUCUUUUCUGAGAUUGUGGUGAGCACAGCGUUGCAGCUCACUGAUAUUAUGGGGCACGUCAAUCGUCACAUAAUGGCACCAAGAGCUACCUGUCAAGAUGCCAUGAACUUGUUGUUCAAGGGAACGCAAUGGAGCUUGGCAGAACGCUACACCGAUAUGACCAAAAUUCUUUUCUUGUGCGUAUGGUAUUGUUCCAUUUUCCCUGGAGCAUACUUGAUGUGUGCCGUUUCUCUCUUCUUAAAGUACUACACGGACAAGUUUAGUCUGCUCCGAACAUGGGAACGAGCUCCUCAUCUCGGCAAUGCGAUCGCAUGGAUUAGUCAUGGCGUGUUCUUUCCACUAGCCUUGGUAGCGACGGCUAUCAUGUCAUCCUACUAUUGGGCAGGGUUCCCAUAUGAUAAUCUUUGUCCUGUCGGUCCCCUUGAAGACGCUUCCUACGGUGGCAGCAGCUUCACCGUGGAUGGGAACCUUGAAGAAUUCAAUGAUGCGUUCGAAUACGAAUACUGCCGGCAAAAUUUCUUUGGGAGAGGCGGAAUCUUUCCGUUUGUGUCUCAGAUCCGAAAAGGAGGAGCGAAAUGGAUGACAGAUGAUCAGGAAUUGAUUACUUCGAUAUUUGGUUGGAGUUCCGUGGUCUUUAGUGCCUUGGUACUUAUCAAGUUCCUGAUUGCAUGGGUCAAGGUAUACCGGGCCCUCCAAUCGAGUAGCUACAAGGCGGUCGGUGCCGACAAGCAAAUAGCGUUCAGUACUCUCGACGAAAUAGUCGGCUACAUUCCUCAAAUCUCUAGCGAAUUAUUCUCCUUCCCUUUGAUAGCGUGUAUCUCGGAAGAAGUUGACCCAGAACUUUAUGAAUGGAAUGACCCGGACAAACCAUAUGUGUACUACGACCUUACGGAGGAUGCCCGUAAACUGCUUCUGGGGUCACCUUUUGACUACAAAGAUGGCUUUAGCCGCAUCCAGCACUAUUCUCCAUAUCGCGAGCCACUGCGGGUUGAAAACUUGACGAGUUCCGUCAAACCAAUAGACUUGAUCGUGACAGAUGAUGGCGAAUGGAACAGUGUCAUAGCUCCAAUUGACGCCUAA